GGCCGUGAUGCUGGCGGUGGUGGCAGCCCUGCCGGCCUACGAGGAACCUCCCAGGAGGGGCGUCAUCCCUGUGCUGCAGAGGACCGAGGUGCGGGACGAGUUCGGCCAGUUCUCGCUCAGCUACCUGACGGGAGACGGCACCGCGCUGACGGAGCAAGGCGCCCUCAAGCCCAGCCAGGACGGGCGGGACCUGGUGCUGGUGAAGCAGGGCAGCGUGUCCUACACGGCGCCAGACGGCACUCCCGUCUCCUUCCGCUACGUGGCCGACGAGCGAGGCUUCCGACCCGAGGGAGACCACCUCCCCGCGCAGGCCUCCACCCCCUCGUCCUCCUCCUCGGCCGCCUGAACACCACCGCUGCCACAGGGCCAUCGGGGCUACCACCCCCGAGUCACGCGUCCCAGUGGACACAAGGCGAACACACACGCGGAAGGGAUGAAAAAUAAAGGUUUUUACUGUAGGCUCAACAUGUUCUAUUAAUAUAAAAACAUGAUUAUGUUGGCGACCACACGGGCCCAAGGAGUACUUCGUCGUCUCUGAUGACAGGGCCAUCGCAGAUACCACGCGGGUGUCACCACGUCUCGGUGGGAACAAGGCAAACUCACACGCGCUAAGCCUUCUUUCCACAGACGAGAGAGCCAAACGUCCGAUCGUUAGGGACACCUGUAUUUCGCGAAUAUAAUUUCGUGUCUAGGUACAUCGCAAAACACCGUAGUUUUUUUCUUGAAGUUAUUGGCUGUGAUCGGCGAGAGGUGUUUUCCCGCACUUGACGGGGCCAGUUGGAAUGUGGAUACCGUACUGCUGCACGCACACGAUUCGCCAUUACUCUAAGAAAAAGCUAUAGUGUUUUGUGACAUAACUUGACACGAAAUGUAUUCGCGAAAUACAGGUUCCCUACCGAUCGUGCAUCUUCGGUUUUUUUUUAUUAUUUUGAACAACUCAUGAUAACUAGAGUCCCGGAAAUUUCGCGGAUUCCUCUGGCCUCAGGAUAGAAUUCAAAGUUAUAGGUGUUCCCGACACAUGUUUACUUUCCCAUUGGUUGAUUUCUUAGCGAGAACAUUUUUAUCCUUGUUAUUUGGCACUACCUGAUUCGCUUAUGUACUUCUCUCCUGGCUGGACAUCAUUGGCUCACGGUCGUAGAGGGGCGUGUCCAGACAACUGAGGUCCGAUCAUGAACACAGUGCGACAAUGUGGUGGUUUGCAUUCUAGCUUGCGACUAAAUGAAUGCGCGAAAAUUCCGUGGCUCUAAUGAUAACUAAUGGACAAUGGUCAAUUAGGUUAGGUUAGCUACAUUAUAAAUACUUUAAAACAUUGUGGACGGCUGAUUUGGUUAGGAUAGCUACAUUAAAGAUACUGUGAAAUCAUGUAAACGGUUUUUAUAGCCCUGAUGGAUAGCUACAUAUUAAAAAGGUUAUUUGCAAAGCAACCUUCGGGGAACUUCGGGGAACUUCGGGUGUGGCUCUCUCGUCAGUGAAAUGAAAGCUUCCCAACACAUACGUGGAAGGGAUGAAAAAAAAGUUUUUACUGUAGGCUCAACAUGUUCUAUUAAUAUAAAAACAUUAUUAUUGCUGGUUCAUGUCGCGAGUAAGUGAACUCAACACCUGUGAACUUAAGUCUAUCACUUAUAAAUAGAUUUACAAAGCCCAUAAAAUAAUUCUCUAUUGAUAAUGCUUAUUAUUACAGUUGUAAAACCUAAAGGCUCGAAACGCUCAUAACUUCACAGUUCAAACUAUUUGUAUCCGCUAGUCAUCAUUAAUUUUCAAGCAUUCCAUUUACAUAUACAUAUAUACUAUUUUUUUAGUAAAAGAAAAUUUUGAAAACCAAAUGUCAGAAAAUUGUUACUGGCUAAAGACUUUUGAAACCGUAUUAAAAAUAUAAUAAUACAGAAACAUAAUGCAGAUACUGAUCUAAGUGUAGAAAUACACUUCUCAUUGACGACACUCAAAAAUGAAACAAAUUGUGCAAAGCAUUAAACAUCUAUGCCAAAGACCAACAGACUUCCAAAUCUUUCUGCAAAAUAUAAUUGAUUUUUCUACUUGUAAUUAGAGGUAAUGAUUUAGAGUGAAAAUGUUUAGGUCAUGAUAAUAUAAAAAUAACACUGCACCUUCAUCUUACUAUUUGGUUGGAUCAAAUAUUUUUGAUAGGAUGUAGUUGCUUUCGUGUGAACCACAGAUGUAAACGCGGCGUCUCAUUGGCCCAUUCUCCGGACAGAGUUAAUGAGGUUGUAGUACAUCUUUGCUGACAUUGUCAAAAUAUAUAAAAAUUUAUCAAACAGUCUGUUUUUUCAGCAAUAAAUAACCAUAUAGUAAUUUUCUUCUUCUCAAGUUGAAAGUAAAACAAAGACUCGUCUGUUUCUUAUUCUUACAUUAGUAUUUUUAGUUUUAAAAAGAACUCAACGCUGCCAGUUGAUUUUGAUUUCAUCAGACAGCGCGGAGACUAAAAUAAAAAUUGACACAUAUAUUUGAAAAUUAGCUAAACUAUCCCUCGCCUUAUUGAUUGUCCACCUGAAUUUCUAUUUGUCCUUUCGCAAGCACAACGGCAGUGUAAAAUAUUGACCUUGAAGGACCAAACAAGAGACCAUUAGCGAUGACUGAGAGCGGUAGUGGUGUGUACUAAUGGCUCGCAGACUUGUAAAUGUAAUCGGCAUUAGCUAUAUGUAGUACUUAGUCAUCGCCAUUGUUUCUCACUAAAAGAAAAAUGUAAUACAAAUAAAUGUGUACACAAACUUACUAAAA